AUGUACACCGUCAAUGUGGGAGACGGGCUAGACAGCCUAGACACACCUUCCAUGAUCGUGGAUCUCGACCUCAUGGAAGCGAACAUCAAGAAGCUCUUUGACAGCCUACUUCCCACUGGCGUCAAUAUCCGCCCUCACCUCAAGACAACAAAAAGCGCAGUGCUUGCUGGCAAGCUUGCCGCCGCCGGUGCCAAGGGCUGCUGCGUAGCCAAAGUGUCAGAAGCAGAAGCCAUCACAGCGGCGGGCUUCGACGACAUCCUCAUAACCUGCGAAAUCAUCGGCGCCCAGAAAGUGAAGCGUCUUGUCGAGCUUUUCAAGAAGAACAAAAAGAUUAGAAUCGUCAUCGACAGCGAAUUUGGCGCAACGGCAAUCAACGACGCGCUAGAUGGGGCCGGUGUGGACGAGCCAAUUACCACGCUGAUUGACUUGGAUGUUGGCCUGCAUCGGACCGGCGUGGCUGCAGGCGAGCCCGCCUUAGCUCUGGCAAGACACAUCGGAAAUCUGAGGCAUCUGAAGCUUAGUGGUGUGCAAGGAUAUGAGGGCCACCUACAGCAUCUUCACGACCGGGAAGAUCGAAAGAAGCAAUGCCUCGAGUCCAUGAAGACGCUCACCGAGACAGCAGAGGCUCUCCGCAAAGGGGGUUUCGGCAUCGAUGUCGUCACGACCGGCGGCACGGGCACCGCAGAGUUCUGCGUUACGGUUCCAGGAGUCACGGAGUUGCAACCUGGAUCCUUCAUCUUCAUGGAUACGGACUACCGCAACGCCGUCGGAUCGUUCUACUCCAACAGCCUAUCGUUACUGGCGACCGUUGUCAGCAAGCAAGGCGAGCGACAGGUGACGAUUGAUACGGGACUCAAGUCUCUGACGACGGAUAGUGGACUGGCUGAGUGCAAGGAUCGGCGCUAUGCGCACGUCAACUUGGGAGACGAGCAUGGCUCCCUCAGCUGGGAGGAGGGAACUCCGGCUUUGGCUGUGGGCGAUAGGGUUGAAAUGGUUCCGAGUCACAUUGACCCGACGAUUAACCUGCACGACUGGUACUAUGCCCAUCGAAAUGGUGUCAUCAAGGAAAUCUGGUCGGUCGACUCCAGGGGAAAGGUUCAAUAG